AUGAAAACCUGUUCGUUGCAAUGUCACUCAUGUCAUACGCAGCGCGACGAAAGAGUGACACACUACGGACUUCAAGGACGAGCCACCAAUGUGGUCCCUGUCACUAGCAACGCGCUCGUGAAGAGAUACGAAAACCUCGAGGAUGGGAUGGUGGCCAAAAUCUUUUGGGGAGGGGCGAGUCGCACAAACGAGUCAAAAAUCUUGAAAAGCGUUGAGAUUGCCAAGGUCCACGAUACCGUCAAAGAUCAUAUUCCUGAGUUGCUCUGGCACCACACGUUCACGAAUCCCACGUCCGCCAUCGGAGAAGCACUUGGUAUUCCGGAACCCACCACGGGCAGUCGCAUGCUCUACAUUCUCGUAUUCCGCAAGCUCCACCCCAUCACGAAGAAGCUUAACAACACAGAGCUUUUCAAUGUAUGGCGUCAGUGUGUCCUAUGCCAUCUGACUCUGUGGAAGGAAGGGGUCUAUCAUCGAGAUAUCAGCCCUGGAAACUUGAUGUGGUACAGAAAAAACAGCCAACUGAUCGGUGUCUUAGACGACUACGAUCUAUCUUCGUUGGCAAAUAUAGUAGGUCCUCAGGGCAACGAGCGCACGGGCACGGUACCGUUCAUGGCGCUCGAGCUUCUUUCCCCAAGUGUUCAACGAGGCGAAGUCAAACACCUGUAUCGCCACGAUUUGGAGUCGUUUAUGUGGGUUUUUGCCUGGAUUGUCUUACGUUACAGGCAGGGAGUCCUUCUGCCACGCGGACUGCGCCCCUUCGACGAAUGGGCAACUUUAGGCGCUGUGGCAUGUGGCAAGGAGAAGUUGUUCUUUCUCAAUAAUAUGGAGGCUUCCGCACCUUCGGACAUAGACGAAGACAUUUGGAAUUUCCUUGUGGACUCUUUUCUGGUACUUAAAAAGGAUGCCGACAACCGGUACUAUCUUCGCUUUAAACGGCCAUCGAGCUCAGGAGAAGGCCGGCAGCCUAACGCCGAGGACUCAGAUCUCGAUGCUGUUCUAUCUAAAUUUACAAGUUUAGAAGGUUGGGAUAAGCUCAGCAAAUCUACAUGA